AGGGAAAUGGAAUAAAUUCGAGCGCGAAGAAGAGAACCGAUCGGGAAAAUAAUCGGGAAUGUCGGUAACGGAAGACGAUGGGAAAAUAUGUCCGAGGUAGCGAGUGGCCAGAGGCAGCAGCCCGACGCGUUCUCGAUCAAAAAAUGAUAGCAGCUCCAGGUAGACAAUAAAACAUGAUCCGGGGUGGUAGGAGAAGAUUAAAGGGCGUAAGGGAACGGAGAAAGAAAGACGAAGAAGGGUGGAGCAAGAGCGAGAGAGACGGCGGUUGUAAAGCGAUACAUACAAGGGAUGGAAGUGGGGAUGAAGCAGAAUAGGCGAGGAAGGUGGCGCUCUCGCGCAGUCUGGCGUCGUCGGCCGACUGGUGUACGUUCGGGCCGAUCUUGGACGCGAUUUAUUUUCGUCUCGCUCUGUCCGCGACCAUUUCCAAUCGCAGUAUCGUCGGUUCAACCUUUCUCGCUUGCAAGGACCUUUAUUGCGGUGUGAUAAGAGAGUUCGAGUCGACGAGCACGGAAGUCAGCCGAGAAGUUCGGUACGCCGGUUGAUGAGCCCUCUUAACUUGUGUUGUAAGGAUCCUUCCGCACCACGAUCGCCAGCCGAUGCGAGGGACAAUAAGCACAGACAGAGGAAACGAGGAGCGAGCGGAGACUCGAAAACCGUGCGAUCGUGAUUCGUAUACGCGGACAGUGCGCGUAUCUGAUCGAUACGCAGAACCGCGAAGUGCACGCCGAACGUCAAUGGCAAUGUGAUGUCUCAAAGUGAUACCGUCAAAGACUCGUACAGUGAUCGUUUAACCCCUCUGUUCGCUGGAGGGAAGUGGGCAAGGGAAGUGGAAGAGCAGGGGGAUCGGCGAACCUCCGCGACCCAAAUUAAUCGGCGACCAUCCGUUUAAGAGGUACGAUGAAAAGUCGAAACAAUCGAAUCGUUGCGUAGCUAAUUAUUGUUCCUAACGGAUUCCUUGAACCUCGUCGCUAUAUCGAGAACGGAGUAAAAGUUACGAGACGAGAGGAUGAAAUAACAUGAGGCGCCUUGGAAUUCGGACGAUCGCGUCGAUAAACGAGGACCCUUUGUAAACUAUCGGUACCAACAUAUGGUAUCGUUUCCCCCCUGCCUCGUUUUUGACAAUUGGAUGACUUGUUUCAAACUUGACUACUUGAGUCGUUGCACGCCCUCGUUAAAGAAAUCGUGAGCGAUGAGGGUCGAUCAGUUUUACCCCGAGGUAAGUGAAUCGUAUCGAAUAUUAAGAGACGUUUAAUUGUGCCAUUACAUUGUCUUAUAAUCAUAUUUGAAGGUACGAAGAGGCGGCGAGGAAAAGUACAGGAAUUGGAACCGGCAGUGUUUUGAGGUUAGAGUAGCGAAAUUGGAGGGAAAGUUUGGAUGCGCCCAGUUGAUUUAAGGAUUCGAUUCGAGAUGAGAGGCAAAGUUUCGCCCUCGGUUCCCAUUCGAGCGUAAUCCAUAUGGAUGGAGCAAACAGGAAGGGUUAAGGGGACAAGAAAAGCGUCGUUUCCCUGGUCCACGGCUCGGUUCAUCGGAUCGCGUUCGUCGACCAGGGACUGGGUCGAUCUUACCGUGGCCGAACUGACCGCUCGGGACUCGCCAGUAAUCGGUGUCGGCGCCAAGGAUGGCGAGGAGCAGCAGCAGCUGCGCUGCACCGCACGCAUACCGGCGAUGCACCGAUCGCACCGUCGUCGUUCAUCGCGAUGCCGUUGUCGCAGCUCGUAGUACGUCCCAUCGCGAAUUGCAAUCGAUCGGAAUCGGGUACGGUAGGAACGUCGACGAUACUGGCACCUGCGGCAACACCGGCCACGCUACCAAUUUCGAUCAGGGAGAGGGCACGGCCGAUUAGAGUCGCCCCUUUCGAUAGAACUGCCGACCUGCACGUGAUUCAUAAAUCGAGAGGACGAGUGCAUCUCGCAGAAUGGAUUCGUGCGGGGUCUACUUGUCUCAGCUGCGAGCGAUGCUCGUGAGAAAUCUGUUGCUGAAGAAGCGAGAGAAACGGAAGACCACGGCGGAAGUCUUCUUGCCCCUGUACACCCUGGGCAUCUUAAUCGUGGUGAAGGUGUUGCCACCGAACCCGAAUUACCCCGCGAUGAUGACGCAGAGGCAGGAGGGCGGCAUAUUCGACACGUUCAACGGCUACAAAAACAACACGCUCGCCGUUGUUCCGAACUCGACGGAAACUUUGAACUUCUUGAACUCGAUGAAUACCCUGUGGUUGUCGAUGUGGGACUCCCCUGGCAAGCUACCCUUGAAUUUCAUGGUGUUCGACACAAAGGACGACCUGCAAGCUGCGUAUUGGAGAGAUCCUUACAGUGUACCCCUAGCAGUAAUCUUCGAGGAUUCCCAGCCUAUAUCUCAGCGCCUUCUGUAUGAGAUAAGAACUAAUCCUUUGUACUCGAGUCUACCUUCGCCGACCGAAUUGUAUUCCGCCCCAGUUACUUGUCGAAAGGACAACACUAGCCACUGGAUGGGCGGUGUAUUGUCGAUAGAAACUGGUGGAUCAUGCCCGGUCAACAAUUACCUGCAUUCUGGAUUCUUGGCGUUGCAGUUGAUAUUGGACAUUACGAAGAUAAGAUUGGACACGGGGAACACGAAUGUGACCGUACCGAAUGUUAGACUGGAAAUGUUCCCGAAGGAAGCUUUUACUGCAGACUGGAUGCUGGCCUUCAGAGUUGUUAUACCACUCUUUAUGGUAUUGGCUAUUUCGCAAUUCGUCACAUACCUCCUGAUCCUGAUAGUCGGUGAAAAGGAAAAAAAGAUCAAGGAAGGGAUGAAGAUAAUGGGCCUAAGAGAUUCCGUCUUCUGGUUGUCAUGGUUCAUUAUCUACGGUGUCUUUGUCUUGCUACUCUCUGCUGUUGGGGUCGUACUACUAUUUACUCUUCAGAUGUUUCAACACACACACUUUCUACCGAUAUUCCUUUUAGUAGUGCUCUACAGUUUUUCCAUAAUCAUGUUCGCUUUCAUGAUAACCCCUUUCUUUGAUAAGUCACGGACCGCCGGCGUGUUAGGUAAUUUCGCUGUAACGAUAUUAAGCUUGAUGUACUUUAUCCAAGUUUUCGUGAAGGACUCUAGUUCCAUUUCCUUUUGGGUGGUAUCCCUCCUCAGUCCAACGGGCGUUGCUUUGGCAAUGGACAAAGCACUUGUGCUAGAUUUACAAGGAGAAGGAGUUAAUUUCGAUAAUUUAUGGUCUGGUCCCGGCAUACCUUUUGGAGGAAGUCUCAUUAUGAUGACUUUGGAUAUCUUUUUAUAUGCCUGCUUAGCCUAUUACUUUGACUCCGUGGUACCUAGCGAGUACGGGACAAAAAGAACUCCUUGGUUCUGUUUCACGCCGAACUUCUGGUGUCAGAGAAAGACUCCACGGGUACCAUCGUCAAACGGUGAGUCAAAUUCCUUCAUACCGGGUGAGGAAACCAACCGUGACAUCGAGCCAGUGGUAAGGGAGAUGAAAGGUCGCGAAGCUAUUAGGAUAGUCGACCUUUACAAGUCCUAUCAGAAAUGUCGCAAGCCAGAGAUUAAAGCUGUGAAUGGCAUUAACCUGACGAUUUACGAGGGACAAAUUACCGCGAUACUCGGCCACAAUGGAGCUGGGAAAACCAGUCUUUUCAACAUACUGACUGGCCUGACUGCACCGACUGCCGGCACUGCUUUGAUCUUCGGCUACGAUGUCAGAGAUUUCAAUGAUAUGCAAAUGAUUAGGAGCAUGACUGGUGUUUGUCCGCAACAUGAUAUUCUUUUCGACCUUCUGACACCUCGAGAACAUCUCGAGUUCUUCGCCGCUGUACGGGGAAUUCCUAGAUCGAUGAUAGAACACGAGGUGAAGAAAACUUUGAAAGACAUUGAUUUAUCCGAGAAGGCGGAUACUUUCGCCAAGUAUCUAAGCGGUGGCCAGAAGAGGAAAUUGUCCGUAGGUAUCGCUAUUAUCGGUGAUCCAAAAAUUAUCAUCCUCGACGAACCCACCGCUGGAGUGGACCCUUACUCUAGAAGGCAGAUGUGGUCUUUUCUACAAUCGAGACGUCACGGGAAAGUAAUACUAUUGACCACGCAUUUCAUGGACGAAGCUGACAUACUGGCGGACAGGAAAGCAGUUAUCAGCAAAGGGAAAUUACGGUGCUGCGGUAGUUCUUUGUUCUUGAAGAAUAAAUUCGGCAUUGGAUAUCAUUUAACGAUGGUACUCGAGGGGAACGCAAGGGAGCACGCUAUCAACAGAUUGGUAACUUCUCACGUAUCGAAGGCUGAGAAAGCUAGACGUCACGGUCGGGAAUUGAGCUUUAUUCUGCCUCACAACUCUGUGGAAAAUUUUGCGCCACUUUUCUCGGCCAUAGAACACGAAAUCAAGACCAGGGCGAGUAGAUUGGGUAUCAGUAGUUACGGAGUGUCGAUGACCACUCUGGAGGAAGUGUUUCUGCAUCUAGAGAAAGACGAGGGUACAGAGUGCACCAUGGAUAAUUUAUCCAAGAAAAUGGUACGCAAUCGUGCAUUGAGCAGAUCGCUGUCACUGCAGUCUAAAAGUACAUCUUAUCAGAGCUUGCAGAAUGAAGGUGUUACUGUUCAGAAUGAUGGUCAAGCGAAGGGGGAAUUACCGGAUGGCGUCCAUAAUGAUAGGAAUCCUGUUCUCGGCCUCGGACUAGACCCCAUAAAGAUCCGGCCUAACUUCAUACAAAUCCUAUACGCUAUGCUUCGCCUAAGAAUACUCAGGCUCUUCAGGAACAUCCAGUUAUUGUACUUCACUAUCGUCGCGCCUCUUUUCCUGAUUGCUGUUGGUCUUCAUUUGUACAGUAUUCAAACUGUCGAGAUCAAGAUGCAAUCUCUCAAGUUGAACACUGAUACCUACGGCAACGAGACCAAAAUUUUGUACGCCAACCAUACCGAUCACGAUAUCACGAAUUUGACCGAUGGGAUUAGUCAAGAUGUCAAAUACAUUGAAGAAUAUACAGGAAAUUUCGCUAAUCUGUUGAAAAUCGCAUCCCACAUAGCUGUCUUCACCGUCAACGAGUACAGCCAACCCAAGAUUGACUUGACCGUCGCUUACAAUGACACUAUGCAACAUUCCUUACCAAUUUUGAUAAAUUUGUUGUCCAACACCUAUUAUAGGUUGGUCUCAGGUAACGACAAUGUCGAACCAAUAGGGGUUAAAACUCAUCCUUUUCAACAAACGUCUCAACCGCAGGAGUUCAAUAUCGGCACAGCCAGUUCCGCUGUGUUCAUUGGGAUGAAUUUUGUCUUAUUGCCAAUAAUUUUAGUCGUAGACAUGGUCUACGAUCGUGAAAUAAAAGCGAAGAACCAACUGCGCGUGAAUGGUCUGUCGUUCUCAAUGUACUUUCUGACUUAUUUCAUCGUACUCGACGGCCUGAUAACGUUCAUCUGUCUUUGUAUACUUGGCAUCAUAUUCCUCUUCGAUGUGCCUUCGCUUCAAGAGAUUCCAGCACUCAUCACCCUCGGAAGUCUUCUAAUGCUUUAUUGCCCGGCGUCCAUGCUCUUCUCCGCGUGUCUGAGUUACGUUUUCGAUAAGAUGGAUUCUGCACAGAGCAUUCUCCCCAAUAUCGCCACCUUCAUCGGGCUCAUACCCUUCAUACUAGUCAUGAGUCUUGAUAUGUUGGGUCUCAGUGGGACAGCAGCAUUCGUUCUACACGUGAUCUUCUCUUUAUUAAAUACAUUGUACGUGCCAUAUGCUGCAGUGUAUUAUGUAGGACGAGUCCACCUCAUGUGCUCCAUCAACGCCGCUUGCCACCACCUAACCAUGUCCGAUUACCUGACCACAGAAAUAAUUAUAAUGGCCUUUGGAGUGCUUCUUCAUUGCCCGGUGUGGUUCUUUAUACUUUUGUUAUUGGAUACCAAAAAGAGCGGUGGCAACAUCAGCGACAUUUUCAAGCAUUUUCUGCGUAACGGUGGCAGCGUCGGCGAGGAGAUAAUGGAAAAUGCAGAUAUUGGAGAACACGAGGAUGCAGACGUUAAAGCCGAGAGACAGAAAGUUUUUAAUCUUAUUACUUCGUCAUCCGUUCAAGAACCACCCGUAGUUCUAGUACAGAAUCUCAGAAAAGAGUACAGGCAGAGGGAGUCAGGUUCCUGCAGUUGCUGCUCGAAACAGGAUGAAGAGGCCAGUCAAAUACAACGAAAAGUUGCUGUAAGAAAUCUUUCAUUGGCGGUCGAGCCGGGAGAGGUGUUCGGUUUGUUAGGUCACAACGGCGCUGGGAAAACCACAACAAUGAAGAUUAUCAUAGCGGAGGAAGCGGCCUCUCGAGGUAGGGUGCAUAUCGGUGGUCACAACAUUUAUUCCAAUAUGUCAGAGGCAUUCAGACAAAUGGGAUAUUGCCCGCAACACGAUGCUCAGUGGAAAAAUAUCACUGUCAGGGAACAUUUAGAAUGUUACGCUGCCAUACGCGGUGUGCCAUGGGGAGAUAUCGGCAGAAUUGUAGAUCUGUACCUGUCCGGUCUUCAAAUUCACGAGCACGCCGACAAGCAAACGCAGGAAUGCUCUGGUGGAACCAGAAGAAAAUUGAGUUUCGCUAUGGCAAUGAUCGGAGGUCCAAAAGUCGUUUUAAUGGAUGAACCUAGUACAGGGAUGGAUCCUAGGUCGAAAAGGUUUUUAUGGGAUACAAUUCUAGCCAGCUUUCAGGGUGGCAGAGGAGCAAUUUUAACGACUCAUUCUAUGGAGGAAGCUGACGCUUUGUGUUCGAGAGUAGGUAUAAUGGUGAAAGGAGAGCUGAGGUGUAUAGGUUCUACCCAACAUUUGAAAAAUCUCUAUGGUGCUGGAUACACCCUUGAGAUGAAGCUCCUGGGCGGCGAUUGUACACCCACGACACCUUCUGGCGACAGGAUUACUAGUCUGAAAGAAUUCGUUUCCAGCCUGUUCCCAGACGCUAGCCUCGAGGAGAGUUUCGCGGAUAGAUUAGUUUUCGGUGUUCCCCAACACGCAGUUAACUCGCUGGCCGAGUGUUUCAUGCAGUUGGAGAAAGCUAAGCUCGAGCUGGACAUCGAAGAGUACAGCUUCAGCCAGACUACUCUCGAACAAGUUUUUCUGAAAUUUUCCCAUUAUCAGUCAAACGAGGGGGAAUGA